CAAAACAAACAGCAGUAUAUAAGAAGGAAGUGUGGGUGUGUCUUUCUGUCCUUCCUUGCAAUUCUCUCGCCGUUUCACACGCAUACACGUAGAAGAGAAAGUCCACCUGCUGUUUUGGCUUCACAUCUCACAUCUCAAUUUCCAGCAGGUUUUUCAAUAAUGACUACAAUCAGUGUGCAGCCAGGGAUGACAAUGGCAGCUGGCACCAAGAUUAGCACAUGGAGCAGUGGCCUCUGUGACUGCUGCGAGGACAUGAGCACCUGUUGUUUUGGUUUCUGGUGCCCCUGUUGUUUGAUGUGUACUACAAGCCAAGAGUUUGGAGAAUGUCUUUGUCUCCCUCUGCUGGAUAUGUGCUUUGGGCCCAUCAUACCACCCGCUGCUUAUUCAUUAAGAAGUGCCAUGAGAGAGAGAUACCGCAUCCAGGGCACAAUGUGUGAUGACUGUUGCGUAGUGACCUGCUGUGGAAUCUGCUCCUGGUGUCAGAUGGCCAGAGAGCUGAAGCUUCGCAGGCAGCCCCAAGUGUUUGUGAACCCUCCAGUGAACGUGACCUACACAGCACCGGUGAGCGCAUCUUACCAGCCAGUGGUGAAUCCGUCCUACCAGUCACCUCCGAUGAAUCCGGCCUACCAGCCUCAGAGUGGGGGAAUGUAUCCAGCUGUAUAAAUUACAUAUAAUCUACAGAUUUCUAUAACAUCACAGUCUAUUUUAUGUAGAAUCUUAGUUUAUCUAUUUUUAUAGUAAAAAAAAUAGUGUAAUUGCACUUCAAUGCGCAUGUUUAAAAGAAUCAAUAUUAAUGUACAAAGUCUAUUUUUGUGUGAAAGUAUGUGCCUUUUUUUCUUGGAGGCAUCAUUAAAGCAUAAUCUUUAUAAUAUUAUUACUUUAGCGGGCUUUAAUGGAGAUAUAGAAUAGUGAAAUCUGGUGUUUAGAAAUGUUUGUAUUUGCUUACAUUUGGUUACAUUUCAGUCACAUAUUUACAUUUAUAUUACAUUUACAUUCCUAACUUGUAUAUCUCUGUAAAGCUGCUUUUUGACAAUGUACAUUGUUAAAGGAAUAAAUAAAGCUGCAUUUAAUUGAACUUGAUGUUACAGCAAAAAUCCUGCAAUGACUGAAGAUAAUAACAGCAGAAACCUUUAUAUUCUAUAGAUAAGUGAAUCAAAUCUAAUUAACAAAUAAAGCACAUGUUCUUCAUGAUCGGAAAUCAUUUACAAUAUCAAGCUCAUAAUUCAAAGACAGUCAGUGGCUGUUAAAUCUUCAGGCCAAUGUUGGGAAAUGGUGUGUGUUUUUAUGUGUGUCUGAGUACACCAAUAAGGCUUUGUGCUGUGGUAAUAAAUGCUAUCUUAGCGUUA